GGGAGCCCGGGUCGGAGGGUAGGAAGGUCCUUGCGCGCCUGGUGGCCUCCGGACGACACGUGGGUGCCAGCGCGUCCGGCGCGAACUCCGAGCGCGGUUCCAGUUUCGCGCGAUCCAGGAGCGGGAGGGGGCCGGGCGGCCGCGGCGGAAGGCGGAGCCCGCGGGGAAAACGAAAGCGAGAGUGAGCGGUCCGGACCCCGCAGGAGCUCGGCGGCGGCGGUGCGGAGCUUUGUGGAUUUCAGAAUUGCAGACCAGGAGCACCAUUUGUUGAGGGGAGGACUCUGCUGGAUGUUUUUUGUCUGAUUUCUCUCCCACAACAACCUCUGAAUCUGCUGUUUUUGUUCCUGUCUUCAGGUCACAAAGGUUACUAGAAGAAAUGGCCAAUGUGCGUCCACCAAGUUUUUCUAUAGAAGAACUUAAUACAUACUGUCAGAAGCACAACUUGGUACUUAAGUAUUAUGAACUGUCUAAGAAAGGACCUGCACAUAACUUAAAGUUUACAUUUCAAGUUAUCAUAAAUGAGAGAAAAUAUUCAGAAGCUGAAGGUAAAUCAAAGAAGGAGGCCAAAAAUGCUGCAGCCAAAUUAGCUAUUGAAAAACUUAACGAAGAAAGCAAGGCAGUUAGUUCUUUAUCACUGACAACAACAGAUACUUCAGAAGGACUAGGAAUAGGAUCCAUUGAGAAUUUCAUAGGCCGUUUGAAUAGGCUUGCCCAGAAGGAAAAGCUAUCUGUAAAUUAUGAACAAUGUGAACUGAACAAAUCUGGGCCAGAAAGAUUUUAUUAUAGAUGCAAGAUUGGACAGAAAGAAUAUGCUGUUGGCGAAGGUGCUACUAAGCAGGAGGCAAAACAGAUGGCCGCGAAAUUUGCAUAUGAGCAGAUAGAGUCAGAGAAGGCCUUCAUGAAAGAGGACUCAGCAGCAUCCAGUGAUUCUUGGACUACUUUGUCUAGUGACUCCAGAAACAGCACUUUGGUGAAAAACAUAUCUGCCUCUAAAUCACCACUUGAAAAUGAUUCCUCACCAAAUGCACCGGAAAGAAAUUGUAACAGCAACAGUGUCAACACUUCUUCAUCUCCUCUGAGCAAUGUCAGAAGUAGUGAAAAGAAGGUGAAAAGAACUUUGGCACCUACCUUUAACUCUCCUGUGAACAAAGAAAACAAGUACACUGUGGAAGAAAGGUUUGUUAAGGAUUUUACAGAAAUAACACCGAUUGGCUCAGGCGGAUAUGGUCAUGUUUUCAAAGCAAAGCACAAAAUUGUUGGGAAGAUUUAUGUUAUUAAACGUGUUAAAUAUGAUAAAGAGAAUAAGGUAGAGCGUGAAGUAAAAGCUUUGGCAGAGCUUCAUCACCCAAAUAUUGUUCAGUACUGUAAUUGCUGGGCUGGGGAAGAUUACCAUCCUGAGGACAGCGAAAAUCCUUCAAGGUCAAAGAUCAAGUGUCUUCUCAUCCAAAUGGAAUUCUGUGACAAGGGGACAUUGGAGAAAUGGAUUGAUGAAAGAAGAGACAAGACACCAGACAAACCUUUGUCUCUGGAAUUAUAUGAACAAAUAGCAGAAGGUGUAGAGUAUAUACACAGCAAAGAGCUAAUUCACAGAGACCUUAAGCCAAGUAACAUAUUUAUGGUAAAUACAAAGCACAUAAAGAUUGGAGACUUUGGACUUGUGACAUCCUUGAGAGAUCAUACAAAUCGGACAAGUAAUAAAGGAACUCUUCGAUACAUGAGCCCAGAGCAGAUUUCUUCACCAGAAUACGGAAAAGAAGUGGAUAUCUUUGCUAUGGGGCUAAUUCUGGCAGAACUUCUUUAUAUAUGUCCCACUCUUUCAGAAACAAUACAGAUUUUUAAAGUGCUAAGGGAUGAGAAGUUCCCAGAUGUGUUUGAUUCCAGAGAAAAAUUUCUUCUGCAGAAAUUACUGUCACAUGAUCCCACAAAGCGACCUAAUGCUUCUGAAAUACUGGAGACUUUGAAGGAGUGGAAAAAUGUUGCAGUGAAAAAGGAACGAAGCACGUAUUAGAGCCCUUCUAAAAAAAGUAUCCUACUUUGGAUAUUCAAUUUUUCUGUAACUGUCUAAAAUCUUCUAGGGACUACCGAUGGUAUUUACCUUCUAUUUUAAAUUUUCCCUUAAUUUUUCACUACAUUUUAGGAAGAUUUGAAUUUUUUUUAACUUCAAAAGCAUUUGUACAUUUGCCUUAUUUUCCUGUUUUAUCUCCUUAUUAUAAACUUAGGGAAUCUCUCAAAUUUUUUCUAUCUAUUAGUGAAUCAAUCAAUUAAUAAAUGUUAAGUGUUCAUUCUUUCUGGGCCAAAAAACAUAAGAAGAUCUUUCCCUGUCUUAGAUAGCUAACCAGCUCAUUAAAGAAAUAUGAUAUUCAUAAAAAGAUAAGUGGUUUUUUGAUUUUGGAAAACAGUUUGGUCAGAUCUGGUUAGGCUGAAGGUUUAUAUACCCUCAAAGCCAUCAAUUCCAUUUCCAUGUGCAUGCCUACAAGAAUGUUCAUAGAAAGUCUGUUUGUAACAGCCAAAAGAACAAAAAAAAUGUCCAUCACAAGAAGAAUGGAUAAAUAAAUUGUAUUUUUUCACACAUUGUAAUACUAUAUAGCAGUGAAAAUGAAUGAAUGAUAAGCUAAAUAUAGUACCAUGAUUUAUCUCAUAGGAACAUAAUGUUCAACAAACAGCCGGUUACAGAAAAUAUAGACAGAAUGGGUCUCUUCACAUAAAGUACCAGAGAAGGCUAAAUGAAAUAAUUUUGUUUAGAAAUGCAAACAAGUGCGAUCCAACAAUAAAGGGAAAGAAAGGAAUAAGAAAUAUUAAAUCCCAUAGUGAUUCUCUGAGAAGGGACGGAAGUGUUGUGACGGGGUGGGGGGGUGAACUGCAAAGGUAACAAUUCACCAUUUUUUCUUAAACUGACUGUUGAGUUUACUACUGCUUACUGCCUAGUUAUUCUUUUUUUUUUUUAAAUCUUAAAUACAUUUUGUAUCUGUUAGAACACAGAUAUAAAAAUACAGCUGCGCUGGAAGGCAGGAGGUAAGCACAGAAAGUAGUCAAUGUGGAGAGGUUCAUGUGAGACUCCUUUCUACUUAACCUAUCAUGGUGCAGGGCUUAGGCCUGGCAUUCCAGUGAGACUUCAAGUAGGGGAGGGGUUUAACUGAGUAGAGAGGAACUGAAUGGGCUAGAGGCGUGGCUUGAGUUCUGAAGAGAUAUACCUGAGGAGCACUGGAUAUACUCAUUUAUUUCCCUGGAUUGCUGGAGGGAAUAGCAGAAGAUAAUUUGGGUGGCAUUCUGGAAGAACCUGAAAGUUGAUUUAAAUUUUAGAGCAACCAACUACCUUUCUAAAAUUGUCAUAUAAUUUUACAGUUUUUUAAAAAAAGAUUUUAUUUAUUUGACAGACAGAGAUCACAAGUAGGCAGAGAGGCAGGCAGAGAGAGAGAGUGGGGAGAAGCAAGCUCCCUGCUGAGCAGAGAGCCUGAGGCGGGGCUCAAUCCCAGGACCCUGAGAUCAUGACCUGAGCCAAAGGCAGAGGCUUUAACCCACUGAGCCACCUGGGUGCCCCAAUUUUACAGUUUUUAAAAUGAGCCAAAUUUAGGCUAAGCAGAAAACUAUAGAGAAAAUGCUUUUAUAAAGGUUUAUGGCUAUUUAAAAAAAUUUUUUUUAAAAGAUCUUAUUUAUUUGACAGACAGAGAUCACAAGUAGGCAGAGAAGCAGGCAGAGAGAGAAGAAGGGAAGCAGGCUCCCUGCUGAGCAGAGAGCCCGAUGUGGGGCUCAAUCCCAGGACCCUGGGAUCAUGACCUGAGCCAAAGGCAGAGGCUUUAACCCACUGAGCCACCCAAGUGCCUGGCUUAUGGCUAUUUCUAAAAAGUUACUAAAAGCAGUUAAUAUGGUUUUCAACUCCCAAAGGAGUAUAUGACAAAGGGAAGGUUUAUCGGUGAAUGCUAAAGCUAUUGGUUGAAAGGCUUUGGGGAACAAGAUCUUCACAGGAAUUAAGCAUAAUCCCACAGAUGUUAUAUCAGAAGGGGAAGAGGGGAAAUUCACCUUUGCAAUGGAAAGAUCUCAUCCUCUCCUCAAUAACCACUUGGUUAAAUCUAGCAUCACUGAAGGUGGGACAAACUAAUAUUAUGCCUCUCCUAAUGUGAUUGGUGUAAGAAUUAUACACUAUCACAUAUUUAGUUUUAUUGCCCAAGCAUUUUACUGAAAUUCAAUCAUGAAGAAAUUAUUAGACAAACCCUGAAUGAAGUCAUUCUAUAAGAUAAUUACUUUGGGGUUUUCAAAAAAAAAGCCAAUAUCAUUAAAAAAAAAAAAAAAGUAGAGGAAGUAUUCUAAGUAGUAA